CCUAUCGACAAGACUUCGCAACCCGCACCACCGCCGGCGUAAAACUUCGUGUUCCUCGUAGACUUCAGUCGCAAACACGUUCGUGUAGCCCGGGUUGUUCCCGUUAGGUUUUGAUUCGGUCGUGUUUCGUGGCUCGCGCUCCUUGCAUGCAGUGGCGAUUGAGUACGCUCGUAUCAUGAGGUAGCAGUGGCAACAGUGCAUGCGUUCGCACGCGCUUGCCUCCUGCAUGACGACAGCUAUCGCACCGGUGAAAUACAUAAUUGUGUGCAGCUUACGCGCGCGUGGCAUUUUCUUAUACAUAACGUUAUAACAGAUUCCCUUAGCGGCCAUGCGGACAUCGUUGGCUCUAUGUGUGGCUUUCUUGCUUCUGUUCUGGCGCUUGUGGAACCACUUGGUGCCGCUGCAACAACUGGCAAGAAUCCUCGGUUCAACGUGGGUCGCCCUGACGCUGUCUUACCACCUGUCACGAUUUGUGUGGAAGCGUUUUUUUGUCUCCAAGAUAUCCGGAGACGGAAAAGCUGUGCUCAUCACCGGUUGUGACACCGGAUUUGGCAACCGCUUGGCUAAGCGACUCUCACGCUGCCGCUUUUUGGUGUUUGCCGGAUGCUUGAAGAUCGACAGUGCCGGCGCUGAAGAACUCAAGAGCCUCUCCAAUGUGAAGGUCCUGGAACUUGACGUCACAAAGCAAGAGCAAGUGGAUGACGCCCUCGACUCGGUAAAGGAGCACCUCGGCAAUAGAGUUUGGGCGGUGGUCACCAAUGCUGGCAUCGGAAGCUGCGGCCUCCUGGAGUGGUUGACAAUGGAAACCGUGGCCAACGUUUUCGACGUCAACGUUUUCGGAGGACUUCGAGUCAUCAAGAAGUUCCUGCCCCUCCUUAGAAAAAGCAGCGGCAGGGUCGUAGCCAUCGCGAGCCCUUUCGGUCACUUCACAAACCCAAUGAUCGUGCCCUACUGUAUGUCGAAGCACGCCGUAGUCUCCAUGAUGGAUGGUCUUCGAGUGGAGUGCCAUGGUAGCGGUGUGGACUUCGUCACCGUGGAGCCUUCGGCUUACCU